CCCGCCCCCGCCGCCGCCGCCCCCGCCCCCGCCGCCGCAGCCGCCGCCUCCGCCGCCCGCCGCCUACUUUGUCUUUCAUCUUCUAGCUUCGUCUCCCACUCUGAGGUUCGUAGCCCGUGAUUCAGACUAUGAUUUGUAUUUGACUAUAGCACUCGCACAGGUUACAAAUGCCGGAGGCAGCAGCGCCACGUCACGACAUUAUCGGCUAACCCCAAUUUCAGGUUGGUCUUCUUCGCUCGUCAGCUUCGAUCCGUAGCUGUUAUUUGUAGGUUGUAAGAUCUAAAAGCGAAGGACGAGCAGCGCGGAUGCCAAAGCGGCGCUCCGAUGAGCGUGUAGGCCUGGAGUCCAAGAGUCACCGUUGUCACUUGUAUCUCGUCAUCCAUGAUGAGGAUGAUAGAUAUGCCAUCCGCAAGUUUGAUUUAUCGUUACACUCUUCUUCUGACCACACCGCUCUGCAGCGCCUACCUCCCCCUCUCAUCAGCCUUGAGUCUCCGAUGAGCGGAUUGUUUGCGUCCAUUGGCUCCAAAAUCAUGGUGAUGGAUACUGAUCGGCCGGAGCGCAUAGUACCCGUCUUUGAUGUCUGCACGAAGUAUCUCACCCUCGGUCCUCGGAAUGGCUCACGGCCUUUUCGGCCCAUAUAUUUACCCGUCGGUGAUAGUCUCGCUGCACUGGACGAGGACUCCUCGGAGCUUCUCCGUCAACAGGAAUGGGGAUGGUCGUCUUGGCGCAGUCUACCGAAUCCGCCGUUCAAUCUUGAAGACAUUACCUCCCACGCGGUGCACCCUGACAGCCGGACCAUCUUUGUCAGCACAAAGACCACCACUUUUUCCCUUGAUACCAGGCUGAAUGAUACUAAGUGGAUGUGUCAUGGCCAAUGGAAGCUUCCUUUUGUUGGACGCGCUCACUUUGACCCUAGGCUGGACGCCUGGGUUGGGCUCUCUGGCGGCCAGGACACGCUUGGUUACCUUUGCUCCAGUGACGUCGUUUCAACAGAUCCUGAUGACCCCAGCGGCAACACACAGUCCCCAUCUUGGAAGCUUAGUAAGAAGAGAUUGUUCGGUGAUAACCAGGCUGAGAAGCACAUUGGCACCAAUCUUGUCUACCUGGGGGUUAGACUCUUCUGCCUUGUGCACUACUUCUCUGUUAAAGAUGAUGCAAGUGGCUCAAAUUGCAAGACAAGAUAUAUGCUUCGGCUAACGACGUUCUCUCUUGAGUAUGACAAAAACGGAGACCUGCGGACUGGAAAACCCAGCCGUGUUCAAUGCUACAGUCUGCCUACACCAUCUAAUAUCCUUGCCUUUCGGGAUCCUGUUGCGUUCUGGUUGUAAUGAAAUCAAUGUGUGUGUAGUCUAUGCCCUUCUGCAUGUGACAGACGUCAAUGUCGUAUUGUAUCCCUUCUGCAUGUAUCAGACUUAAGUCGUAUUUACAAAUGCAUUGUGAUGAUUACAGUGUGA